CCGGAAGACGUAGUCGGGUAGGCGUGCGCUCCGGCCGCCCGCGACCCCCGCGCGCACUUGGGAGGGGCAUCCGCCGAAUGGGGCGAGGGGACGCGGAUACGCGGGGAAGGGGGGAUUCCCUGAUUCCCGGGCCCGCGGCGCUAAGCGCGGCGGCGGCAGCGGCGGCACUACUGGCCGCUUUGCUCCUGCUGUGGCUUGAGGACGCGGGGCCGGGGGCCGGCUCCAGCAUGGCUGAGACUGAGGCGCUGCCGAAGCUUCGGGAAGACUUCAGGAUGCAGAAUAAAUCUGUCUUUAUUCUGGGGGCCAGCGGGGAAACCGGCAGAAUGCUCUUAAAAGAAAUCUUGGAACAGAACCUGUUUUCCAAAGUCACGCUCAUUGGCCGGAGAAAGCUCACCUUCGAUGAGGAAGCUUAUAAAAAUGUGAAUCAAGAAGUGGUGGACUUUGAAAAGUUGGAUGACUAUGCUUCUGCCUUUCAAGGUCAUGAUGUUGGAUUCUGUUGCCUGGGUACCACCAGAAAAAAAGCUGGGGCGGAAGGAUUUGUUCGUGUCGAUCGAGAUUAUGUCCUCAAGUCUGCAGAGCUGGCAAAAGCUGGAGGCUGCAAACAUUUUAACUUGCUGUCCUCUAAAGGAGCUGAUAAGUCGAGCAAUUUUUUAUAUCUGCAAGUUAAGGGAGAAGUGGAAGCUAGGGUUGAAGAAUUACAAUUCGAACGUUACUCUGUGUUUAGGCCUGGAGUUCUCUUGUGUGAUAGGCAAGAAUCUCGUCCAGGUGAAUGGUUGGUUAGGAAGUUCUUUGGCUCCUUACCAGAAUCUUGGGCCAGUGGGCACUCUGUGCCGGUGGCAACUGUCGUUAGGGCAAUGCUGAACAACGCAGUGAACCCAAGUGGCAAGAAGAAGGAACUGCUGGAUAAUAACGCCAUCCAUGACCUGGGAAAAGCCAAUGACUCUCUCAAGCCGUGACCACGCUGGAGAAAUGCUUCCCUCUGUAAAAUGCAACACUCACCACCUAAUUGGUACUCUCGGUGUCUAAAAGAAGUCAGUGUGUCUUAACUGCGGUUUCACUAUUCUCAGCUGCCAGAUCCAAUAAAAAAAUUAUUGUGUUCUGCA